AUGGAGAGAUCGUGCCUUCUAGCCGUUACUCAGGAUGACGCUCUGGAGAAGAUAGUCAGCGAUUAUUUCGAAGUAGAGAACUUUGGAGCCUACAAUGGAAUUGUGGAUGACAACGUCAAGAAGGGAUACGCACGACGACUAGAGCAGCAGGAGUCCACCUACGGCAGCAGUGGCAAGUUGUGGUACCUGCCGCACUUCGGGGUCGAGAACCCAAACAAACCUGGGAAGAUCCGCCUAGUCUUCGAUGCAGCAGCCAAAGUGAACGGCUUAUCUCUAAACUCAGCACUACUGAAAGGCCCCCAGAACUACAAGUCACUCCCGGCCGUCCUCUUCCACUUUAGGGAAGGAGCCGAGGGAGUCUGUGCGGACAUCAAGGAGAUGUUCCACCAGGUAUUGAUACAGCCACAAGAUAGAUGCGCACAGAGAUUCUUGAGGAGACAUGGAGACGACCAAAGGAACCCGGAGAUCUACGAGAUGACAGUGAUGACGUUCGGAGCAGCUUGUUCGCCAUGCUCAGCGCAGCACGUGAAGACCGUAAAUGCUACAAGGUACGUGCACACUGAUCCCCGGGCGGUCCUAGUCAUUAACAAGUACCACUACGUGAACGACUACGUAGACAGCUUCGCAGACGAGGAUGAAGCUAUUGCCGUCUCAAAACGAGUAAGAGAGAUACAUGCAAGUGCCGUGUUUGAUCUGUGUCGUUUUUUUUCCAGCUCGGCGAAAUUGGUCAGAGCCUUAAAUCCGCUAGGCACCAACGAGAACGUCGAGUGGACCGAAUCCGAGCAGAAAGUAUUGGGCAUGUAUUGGCAUCCGGCCACAGAUGACUUUAUAUUCAGCGUCAAGUGCCAUCGGGUCCCCAGCAGCGUAAUGACCGGGCAACGCGUCCCUACCAAGAGGGAGUUCCUCAGCUUAGUGAUGUCCACAUUUGAUCCGAUUGAGUUCCUGAGCUGUUACAUGGUAACCGCCAAGCUACUUAUGCGAGAGAUUUGGCGGAAAGGAGUCACAUGGGAAGAGCCGUUGCCAGGAGAGCUAGCCACGGCUUUCGAGAACUGGUGGCAAGAGAUGAGCUACGUAAGAGAGUUCCGAUGUCCACGUUACUACUUUGGUACUGGGCGGGUACGAGCACUUCAGCUGCACGUUUUCGUGGACUCCAGCCAGUCGGCGUUCGCUGUGACGGAGUAUUGGCGGGCCACCUACGCAAACGACGACAUGCAGGCGUAUUUCGUAUGUUCCAAGACGAAAUGUGCUCCGAUGAGGACAACGUCAGUCCCGAGAUUGGAACUACAGGCGGCCGUGUUGGGAAUACGACUGACGAAUGCUGCGAAACGGAAACACAGCGUGGAAAUAAGCAAAUACGUUCUUUGGAAGGAUUCCAAAUCAGUGCUACACUGGAUAAGCAGCACUCACCGCCGGUAUAAGCAAUUUGUUGGAAACCGUGUAGCAGAAAUCCUGGAGUCGACGGAAGUAUCCCAAUGGAGAUGGAGAUUCUCGAACUACAACCGGCUGGUAAGGACCACGGCUCCUAACCAAUGCGUCAACGUGGAGCGCAUAUUGAUCCGGCAAGCGCAAAGUGAAGCGUUCUCUGGAGAGGAGAGGGACAGGACAGAAAAGAUUUCGAAAGAAGGCAGCCAACUGCGAGAGCUCUCCCCGUAUUUCGACGACUACGGAGUCAUGCGUGUAAGGGGAAGGAUCGACGCCGCUGCAUGUGUGCCAUAUAGCGCCCGGCGCCGUAUCAUACUAUCCCAUCGACACACGCUGGCGGCGAUGGAAGUACACCACUACCAUGAGAAGAUGGAGCAUCAGAACCAGGAUGCGACCAUAGGCAAGAUACGGAAGAAGUUCUGGAUAACGAGCUUACGAAGGCUGCUACGAAAGGUGGUGACUGACUGCCGCAUUUGCAAGCUGCGGAGGGUCCAACCGAUGUGCCAAUAA